AUGAAAGACGAAGAUUAUUGGGAUCUGGUGUACCAACACGUUUACCCCAAGGACUACGAGUGGGGACUCAUAGCGAUGCACUCCGUGGUGUUCGUGGCGGGGCUGGUGGGGAACGCGCUGGUUUGCCUCGCCGUGUACCGCAACCACGCUAUGCGCACCGUCACCAACUACUUCAUCGUCAACCUCGCCGUCGCCGACUUCAUGGUCAUCCUCUUCUGCCUGCCUCCCACUGUGCUGUGGGACGUCACGGAGACCUGGUUCAUGGGCACUGGGCUCUGCAAGGUUGUCCUCUAUUUGCAGCCAGGCCGCUACAAAUACUACGACAAACAGCUAUAA